GAUUUCGUAGCCAUGAUUGGCGAAUUUGUCGGCACUACCAUGUUCCUUUUCUUCGCCUUUGCCGGCACCCAAGUAGCCAACAUUCAGGCUACCACAACGACUACCACGAACGCGACUAAUGGUUUUUCUCCCCUCGUACUGCUUUAUACAGCAGUUUCCUUCGGCUUCUCGCUCAUGGUCAAUGUCUGGAUCUUCUUCCGCAUUUCUGGUGGUCUCUUCAAUCCUGCCGUGACCCUUGCCAUGGUCAUGGUCAAGUCUCUUGAUUAUGUCCGCGGCUCUCUCCUCUUUCUAGCACAGAUCUCUGGAUCUCUGCUCGCGAGCGUUCUAGUGAGAGCGCUCUUCCCCACACCCCUCAACGUCAGAACCACCCUCAGCGCCGAAACAAGCAAAGCCCAGGGCGUCUUCAUCGAAGCAAUCCUCACCGCCGAACUCGUCUUCACAAUCUUCAUGCUCGCAAAAGAAAAACACCGCGCCACCUACAUAGCCCCCGUGGGCAUUGGUCUCUCCCUUUUCAUCGCCGAACUCGUAGGCGUCUUUUACACCGGUGGUUCACUCAACCCCGCAAGAUCUUUUGGUCCUUGUGCAGUCACAGGGGUUUGGGAUUCCGAGCAUUGGGUGUAUUGGUUGGGUCCUGCCAUUGGAGCGCUUAUUGCGGUGGUUUUCUAUAAGUUUAUCAAGAUUCUGGAGUAUGAGAUUGCGAAUCCCGGUCAGGAUGCUGAGAGUGAGGUUGAGGUGCAGGUGCCGCAGAGUAGGGAUGGGGCGUGGAGGAAGAAGGAUGAAGAGGCUUGA